AUGCAAACUCAGUAUGAAACGCUAGAGGAAACGAUAAUGCAUGAAGGCGAUAUGAGCAGCUGUGAAGAGAACGACGUCGUCGACGACCGCGAUUUGGAUAUACUUCGCGGCGCGUGCAGGGCAUCCCACUGCUCUGGAUCUGUCAGUGAUGUUGGACCAGGCGACAGCGAGCAUGCUCUGGCUCCUGAUGGAGCCAACAGCUCCAAACGCCUUAACCUUCAGCGCUCCAGCCCCCAAAGCACUGUUGAUUUGGAGCAACCAGAUCAUACCGUCUAUAGGGCUGAUCAUCAGGCGUUUUCGAGUAUUGCAACUAGUCCUGCCGCUAUGAGUAUCGACAGUGUGGACGGUCCAGGGCCGAGCCAGAGGAUCACGCACAAUGACGACUUGGAAAUGUUCUACUCCAGGCCCAGCGAACCGGAGCCUUGCAACCCUGGCUCAUGCAACUUGGCCAACCAUGCUCUACGGCCGGAUCACCGCAAAUAUGGGCGCAUAGAGGGCAGUAACUCCUCAAACAUGUCCUCCUUGCCGCAAAACAUGGAAUCCAAGACGGCUCUGCAGUUUGGGCCAUGUCGGGCUUGUGGCUGUGACAUGGGACGGUUGCUGCAGCUGACUGAAAGAAUUUCGCAGUUUGAUCUUCCCGGAGAUAUACCAUGGGAAGCUCACCUAGCCAAUGCUGCGGUAUUGCCUGCCCAUCAGAAGGCUGCAGCGAUGCGCAAGAUAAGUCAGUGGGCACUACGAGACUACGCGAUAAAGUCAAUGUUCCCGUCACUUGGGGCACUAGACAAGGACAGGCGGGAAGCUGCGAUCUCGUCUGAAAGGACAGCUCGUCUGCGCGGUGGGUCCACGCAGGAGAUGACCUUUGUCACGCCGCACCAGCAUGAUACUGUUCCCGGGGACAAGCAUUUGAACAUGAAUCUUCUGGGGUUUAGAAGUAGAGACCACCAGACAUGGGCGGGAAGCCCGGUCAGGCCAAGGGAAAGGCUACGCGGUCAGCUACGCAAGCCCUGGACAGAUUCCGACGAGCGACAUCUCAGACUGUCUGUGAGAAGAAAAAUCGGUUGGGCUCAAAUCGCACAACAGUUGAACCGCACUCCAGGUGCUGUCGAGCAGCAUUGGAGAUUAAUCAAUCAUGAUAACAAGACGCGCCGGCGCGUGCCCAAGGCUUGGAUCGCCGUCAGGGUGUGGUGGAUGGUUUCGCGGUAG